CGGAGGCCGCGCGAGCUCUCGCGAGAGCAGCGGAGAGCGGAAGCGCAGUCUGGGAAGGAUGCGGUUCUUCGUCGCGUUGCUCCUGCUGAGUGUCGCAGCGGAGGCCCCGCCGCCCACAUUGAAGCCAGGACAAAAUCAGAGCCCCACCACUGGGAAAGGACCAACUACACCUCAGCCUUCUACGAACAAAGACUCCUGCAGUCCUUCCCCCGGGGCCCCGCCCCGCCCUCCAUCGGUGUCAGGGCAACUACCUGACCACGGAGACCAGGGCACGCCGGAGCAGACAGCCACGAAGCAACGCCCUGGCUCGUCGGAAGCGCAGCAGCCUUCACAGAAUCCAAACCCAGACGAGUCGGAGGCGAAGCAGUCUCUGAAGCCCAAACCAGAAAACUCGAAACCAAACCCGAAAAACUCGAAACCAAACCCGGAAAACUCGGAGGAUCAACAGCAUUCCCCGCAGAAAGAAGACCAUGACACGACGGCGGUGCAGCAACAGCCCGCAGGACAAGAGCCCCUCAGGUUGGACCCAGCGCAGCAGUCCCCACCAGAAAGCUCCAAACCCAUAACCAACCCCUCUGGUAACAAGGGGCCCCCGGAAAAACCCCAACCACCUAAAAAAGGAAAUACCUCACCUCAUGAGUCCAACACUGAAGUGACAGCGGACUCUGACCUUUCUGCUCCUGGGCAGGAGGGAGACGACAAGUAUUCAGAGACUGUUCAGGAUGUGGAGCUCAAGGAGCCUGAAGAAGGGGAUGCAGGGCCGGAGGAGGGAUCACCUCUUGAAGAAGAGAAAGAAAAGCUGUCAGGGCCAGCCUCCAAUGAGAACCGAGAAGAGACGUUGUUGGAUUCUGGGAACAGUGAGAAGGAUGACCUUUAUAAGAACAGUCCUGGAAGCAGUGCCAGUGCAGAGAGCAGCCAUUUCUUUGCAUAUCUGGUGACCGCAGCCAUCCUUGUUGCUGUUCUCUAUAUUGCCUAUCACAACAAGCGGAAGAUUAUUGCUUUUGCCCUGGAAGGAAAAAGAUCUAAAGUCACUCGGCGACCCAAGGCCAGUGACUACCAGCGUUUGAACCUAAAGCUUUGAUUUGUAACCACAAGAGCCUUGUCCUCCCUGCUGAUUUGUUUCCGAAUCAAGAAAAAUGAAGAGAAAAGCAAUGUGA